UUUAAUGAUUUUGGUUUGCACCAUUGUGCGUGGUUUUGAAGAUCUGGCUCUAGAAAGCCAUAAGUGAGACAACAGUUUAGAUGGUAUGCAACAGUUGUUUAAAGAGUAUAAUUGUUCAAACUGGGCAGAUAGGAACAAUAUUAACCUGGAAAAGGCUGCAUUUACGAAGUACUGCCAGGACUUUAUAUGCCGGUGGUGCUGGAUUAACUUUUCGGUGGAAUCGUGACUUCCGAACGAGUACUAAGAUGAUGGUUGAUUCAGGUGCUGCGGCAAGCCAGGGUCCUGUUGUCCAUAAAUUCCCUGAGAAAGAUGAUGGUGGAUAUGUUAGUGGAGGGUGGAAAAGUGAGGAUGGAAAACUAAGCUGCGGUUAUUCAAGCUUCAGGGGAAAGAGAGCAACCAUGGAAGAUUGCUAUGAUAUCAAAACUUCCAAGAUUAAUGGGCAGACAGUCUGCUUGUUUGGAAUCUUUGAUGGGCAUGGUGGUUCUCGUGCUGCUGAGUAUUUGAAGCAAUUCCUUUUUGAGAAACUAAUGAAGCAUCCACAGUUCACGAUUGACACCAAACUUGCAAUAAGUGAAACAUAUCAACAGACUGAUGCAGAUUUAUUGGAUUCUGAAAGAGAUACUUAUCGAGACGAUGGUUCAACUGCUUCAACUGCAGUGUUGGUUGGUAACCAUCUAUAUGUUGCCAAUGUUGGAGACUCACGAACUAUAAUAUCAAAGGCUGGAAAAGCUAUCCCACUUUCUGAAGAUCAUAAACCAAAUAGAAGUGAUGAACAGAAGAGAAUUGAAAAUGCUGGAGGGGUUGUUGUGUGGGCAGGAACUUGGAGGGUAGGAGGUGUAUUAGCUAUGUCUCGAGCUUUCGGUAAUCGAAUGUUGAAACAAUAUGUUGUUGCUGAACCAGAUAUUCAGGACCAAGAGAUAGAUGAAGAGUUUGAAUUUCUUGUGCUUGCUAGUGAUGGAUUAUGGGAUGUAGUGCCUAAUGAGGAUGCUGUUUCGCUUGCCCGAGUAGAAGAAGAACCGGAGACAUCUGCUAGAAAGUUGACGGAGAUAGCAUUCACCCGAGGGAGUGCCGACAAUAUAACAUGCAUCGUGGUGAGAUUCCACCACGACAAGGCAGAUCCACCCAGUCCCUAUCCCCAAGCGCGUGAUUAGAAGUCCUUGUAGUACUGCAUAUGCAUGUUUGGAUUCAUUGGAAAUCUAGUUUCUAAGCUUGAAAUCUGCAUGUGCCUUGUGGCCAAUGUGCAUAUAUAACAAGGUGACAAUUUGCAA